UAGGAAUUAGGAAUUUCUCUCAUAAACCCUAGUUUCUUCUACCUCCCUCAAAUUUUGAUUUUUGCCAUUUCGGGUCUGGCGAGUGGAUAAAUGGAGAACUCGAAAACUCAUCGAUUUUCACCGGCACUCGAUCCAUGAGUCACUGAACAUUGUUGUAAGUCUGUAGAAAUUUUGUCCUGUCGUCUUCUUAUGAGCCAGAAUUUGUAAGCAUUUGGUAACCUCAUUGCCUUCUCAUGUAUACUACUCUGAUUCUCCAUGGAAGAAGGUCUCUCGUGUUACAGAAAUGGCCUAAUUUGAGAGGUUUAGUGCAAAAUGAAUUCUCUGCAUUUUCCAGUUCCUUCUCCUCCGCUAGUGCGGUUGCAGAUGUGAGCCUUCCUCAAGAUGGUCGAAAGGAGAAGACUUUUACUGUCUCUUACCUCGUUGAUUCAUUGGGUCUAGCUAGGAAACUCGCCGAUUCCAUCUGCAGGAAAGUCAGCUCCCAAAGCAAGGGAGAUCCUGAUUCUGUACUGAGUCUUCUUAGGAGUCAUGGGUUUACGGAUCCUCAGAUCUCCAGGAUCAUUACGGUUUAUCCACGAUUUCUCAUGUUAAAUGCUGAGGAAUCUCUCGGUCCCAAGCUUCAGUUUCUGCAGUCCAGAGGAGCUACAAGCUCUGAGCUCACUGAGAUUGUUUCUAAAGUCCCUAAGAUCUUGGGUAUCAAAAAGGACAAAGCUUUCAGCGUAUACUAUGAUUUCAUCAAAGAGAUCAUAGAAGCCGAUAAGAGCUCCAAGUACGUAAAGUUGUGUCAUUCUUCGCCAGAGGGUAGUGCGCAGGAGAACAAACUCAGAAAUGUAUUGGCGUUGAGAGAAUUGGGUGUGCCUCAGAAGUUGUUAUUCUCUAUGCUCAUCUCCAAUUUCCAAUCUGUAUCUGGAAAAGAAAGAUUUGAAGAAUCCGUCAAGAAGGUUGUUAACAUGGGCUUUGAUCCGACAACGUUAUUGUUUGUCCAUGCUCUACACGCUGUUUACCAAAUGAGCGACAAAACGAUUGAAGAAAAAGUAAACGUCUAUAAAAGGUUAGGCUUUGAUGUGGAAGAUGUAUGGGAAAUGUUCAAGAAAUGCCCAAACAUUCUGACACUCUCGGAGCAAAAGAUAGUGAACAAGGUUGAAACAUUUCUAGGCCUAGGAUUCAGCAGAGAUGAGUUUGUGAGGAUGGCCAAGCGCUUUCCUCAGUUACUUGGAUGUUCCUCAGAGACAUUGAUCAAGAAGAAUGAGUUUGUGGUGAAGAAGAUGAAUUGGUCAAUAAAGGCUUUAGCUUCAAACCCUGUGGUAUUUGGAUUAAGCUUUGAGAAGAGGAUUGUACCAAGGUGUAACGUAAUCAAAAGUCUCAUGUCCAAAGGAUUGCUCGGAAGUAAGCUUCCUCCAUUGUCUCUUUUGUUGGCCAUUACAGAUGAAGCUUUCUUAAACAAGUUUGUAAGGAAGUAUGAUGACAAGGAGCUUGUUGCCGAGUUGAUGACUAUCUUAACCAAGGGUCGAGUCUCAUAGCUCGUAAGGCUUGUCAAAGUGUUUUUUAUUCUCUGUUAGUUUUAGAUUCGUCGAUGAAUCUUUUGAUACCGACAUGGGAAGCGAAAGAUGCAGUGUCAUGCGAUUUGAUGUUGAGAUUUUGGAUUUCUUGCAUCUAUAUCAAGAUGCAGUGUCAAAUAGUAUCGUUAACAGUUUGGGUUGUGAUCUAUAACUGAUCUUUGUUUUGCUCCAGUUCCGGUUUACAAACUGAGUCUUCUUGUUGAAUAUUUGUUGAAUAUAUAACCUAACAU